CGCUGUCCUCAUGCCCAGUAGUGGGAUGCAAAGCUGCGUUAGGAGUGCAAUGCCAUCGCUGAGGAGCAUUAUAGGCGCAGGGCGCGGGGUCUUUGGUCGGCGACAUGGUUUGUGGCAGUGUCAUCGGGCAGGGUAUGGGCAAUGGUUGCAUACGGAAGGGGCGGCCGGCGCAGCGACGGUUGUCCGGGGAGGGAGCCAUUCGGGAGAAGCCGUUUCGGCAGUCGGCCGUGGUGUGAACAUCCUGCAUCGACUGUUGUUUCAGCCCGCACGGGCAGCGAUGGGAGUUGUGGUUCCACACCAGGGACGCUUCGAGGGGGGGAUGGAUCCGAGUCGGUGGAGGGCGGAGAACCAGGGAGGCAUUGAGGGGGGAAUGGAUCCGAGUCGGUGGAGGGCGGAGAACCAGGRAGGCAUUGAGGGGGAAAUGGAUCCGAGUCGGUGGAGGGCGGAGAACCAGGGACGCUUUGAGGGGGGGAUGGAUCCGAGCCGGUGGAGGGCGGAGAACCAGGAAGGCAUAGAGGGGGAAAUGGAUCCCGUUCGGUGGAGGGCGGAGAACCAGGAAGGCAUUGAGGGGGGUUUCCCGACGCGGGACGGGCGUCCACUGGCAGGCAGGCAGUACUCAUGUCCGUCAUCGCCGAGGUUGCAGUCCUUCACCGGACAGCUUGCACAAACGUUGCCGGUGGGAAGCGGGUUCGGAUUCGCUGCGCACGUGUUCCCCGCGCAGCAGACGUUUGAUAGGGGGAGCGCAAUGCGCAAUGAUCGCCCUUGGUCCCCGCAAUCUGGCCAGACUUCCCAGACGUCGCAUGCCAUGUUCUCCAGCACCACCACUCUGUCCAGCAGGCGAUCACCUUGCACUCCCGGUCCUUCCACUGUGGACGCCGAUGGACGCGACAUGGACAAUGCAUGGACGCCGCAUUGCGGGACCUCUUAUCCGUCGGGUUUGGACAGCGAGGCCGCAAAUGGCUACGAUGGUCAAGCGUGCGAGGACAUGGAGGAUGACACUGGUAAUGGAGAUGGAGAUGAUGUUGACGAUGAGAAUGGCGAUGGAGGCGGUGUUCCAGAAACAGACAAGGCCGGUGAUUCCAAUGGGAGAAACGAUGGCAGACGUGGGCAGAAAAAAGGCAGGAACGAAGGGCCACCGAAGAACAAAAAACAAAACCUGGUGUGGACGUUGGAGGAGAUGAUAUGGCUUGCAAAGAUGAUGGGGGAGGACGAUGCGCUCAUGGCUGACGCCAAUGGACAGCAUCAGUUCAUGAAAAGGAAGGAGCGGUAUGGGUGGGUGGCGGAUCGCAUGGCAUCCGGCGGUUUUCCUCAGAUAACUGCGGAGGACUGCCGUAAGAAGUGGACGUUCAUGAUGACGAAGGCGAAGCUCAUCCUUGACAAGUGCGAGAACGCGUCGGGCCGGCCGUCGUACUGGGACACAUACCUGGAACAGCGGAAGGAGCUGCAGGUGCCUCUCACCUUUGAGAAACCGUUGUGGGAUGCCAUGCAAUGGAAACUCAACAUACCAUCCAUGACGUGCGACCAGACAUUGGGCUAUUAGGACCUGCCGGGAGCAGGAGAAGGAGUGCCGCCUUCGGGAAGAAGUAGAUCUGGAAAAAGAGGGUCUUAGGCGAG